UUUUGAUCUGGGCAGCCAGCAAAAACUUCCAAUUUUCAACAGCUUACCAUUUCCUAUGCAGUGAAUGACUCCUGAAAAUAAAUUUAUAAAUAUUAAAAAAAAAUAUUUAAAAAUUUUCCAACCAAUAUAAAUUAUUAGUGCUUCGUAUUAGUUAAAUAAUUAAGUAAUGUGCUACAGUUGUAGAAAAAUCAGGAACAAUUCAUAAACCCGAAUCUCGUCAUUGUUGCAGCUACUAGAGGAGGAAGCAAGUUCAGCUUCAAUGGGUGGUGAUAAUCUUCCUUGUUCUACCUCUGAAGAGGAAUUAUCAUCCUUGGAUUAUGAUUACCCAGAUUAUUCAGUUCAUCCUUCCUCAUUUUACAGGGAUGGUGAUGAAUCAAUCAGUGAGUCAUAUGAAUUUGUUUUUAAAGAAUUUGAUGAAGUGAGUCAUGGAAAUUCUUCAAAUUCGGUUGUAUUUGAUGGAAAUUUGAGGAGAAGGAAGAAUGCUUACAAUGAGAUUAUGAAGAAUUAUGAUGAAUUGUGGGUUCGAAAAGAGGGACUUUAUCAAGCAAAGAGUAAAAUUUUGAGCUACAACCCUGGUUCAUGGAUCACUAAUGCUGGUGGGAAGAAGCUCAGCAAUUAUGUUAUACCAAAAACGACCACGCUCUUACUAAUUGGUCCUACAGGAUCUGGGAAAAGCAGUUUGGUUAACAGAAUAUCAAGAGUUUUUGAAGAUGACAAGUUUGCUUCAGAAAGAGCCCAAGUAACAUAUAAUCCAUCUACCGGGGAGGGGACCUACUUCCUUCAGGAAUAUAUGAUUCCCAGAGGUUCAACUUCAUUUUGUUUGUUUGAUACUCGUAGCUUGUCGGAGAAUUUUGCUGAUAAUGAUGAAAUACUUCAGCGUUGGAUGACCAAAGGGGUUCGUCAUGGAGAGUUAGUUAUCAGGGAUUCAGAUGCUUCUAACCUGAAGAUGUCAUUAAAAUGCAAGGCUCAACAGAGUGGUGUUUCUUCCACUGUGAUCAGAAAGGUCAACUUUGUUAUAUUUGUUGUUAAUGGCUUUCAAGUCCUCAGAUCUAUGAAUAGUGACAAGAAAGAAGACAAGGCGUAUGUGGAAAUGGUGGCCAAGACUUUUAGCUGCCCAUAUUUGUCAUUCAAAGAUGAUAAGCCUGUUAUUGUAGUCACACAUGGCGAUUUACUUUCUCUAGGAGACCGAGCACGUGUCCGCGUUUACUUAGGAGAGAAGUUGGGUGUACCACCAGCAAAACAGAUAUUUGACAUACCAGAUAACUUCGAUCCAACAAGUGAACUGACAAUUGUUGACAUGAUAAGAUACUCUUUGGAACACGCGGACAAAAAUAUUCCUUGUAAAGAGUCUAGAGAAUGGAUUAACAGGAGUACUAUCUUUGUAGAUGGUGUCAAAGAAAAGGUUUCAGGAACGUCCAUCUUGACUCUGAUAUUUACAGUAAUGCUUCUGGGAAUAGCAUGUGUUAUGGUGCCAAUGAAUCAAGCUCAUAAACAUAAUGAUCCUCUGGUGGUAUCUACAACAAAAUUUUCUUCAAAUGAAGUACAUCGUCCUUAUAUACCUCGUGAACCUAAUACAAUAUAUCAGUCAAACUCAGUGUCAACCUCAGCUGCAAAUCAUUCUCAUAAAAAUCAAAGAUAUGAGAAUGUGGAACCUCAAGCUACACCUGCGCCAACUUUGUCCUCAGAAUCUGUUGGGGUGACAUCUGAGCCAACUUCGUCCCCAAAAUCUCUUGCAACUAAUUCUGAACAAGUUUUGUCCUCAAAAUCUGCUGCAGUUACAUCUGAGCCAACAUUGCCCUCAAUAACUCUUGCAAGUGUUGCAACUGAUUCUGAGGAAGCUUUGCCCUUGAAAUCGGCCAUGUCUGUAUCUGAACCAACUUUUCCCUCGAAAUCUUCUAAACAUUAUCGUCCCAAACGGCAAGAAUCUCGUUCACCAUCUCCAGAGCAUCGACACCCUAAAGCAGCAGUAAAAUGGCACAAGAUUCGGCACUUGUGGUUAGACUCUGAUUAAACUGAGGUUACAGACGUGUGGCUAAAGAUGUUUUGAUAUGUAUAUGUAUGUACAACAUCUAGCUAUCUGUAGUUACUAACAGUGCGCACGAUGUAUGUAUAUUGUAUAAAUAUACCUUAUGCUGACUAAUCUGUCACAAUUUUCAUGUUUCCAUACAUGGAAUCUAAUAAUUGUUUUGAGUGGAAUUUUUUCAGUGUUGUAUAACACUGGUGAUUUAUAAUAACAAUAAGAUGGAGAAAACUGUUUGCUGGCUUGUAAA